GUAGUUUUUGUUACAUAUACUUAUUUUCAGGAACAGUCAUAAUAUGAAAUAAAAUAACACACUAAAAAAAGCAAAACAAAUAAAAAAUGGCACACUGGUUUCAUAGAAAUCCUUUAAAAUCAUCAAAGACAAACAGUUUUGAUGCACUGAAGUUAAUAGCAAAGACACCUCCAGCUGCAAAGUUAUGUGGUGAGUUACGUGUAGAACGAGCCAAAGUUCUUCAGCAACUUUCAGAUCCACGAAACAGCUUAGAAACUGUUGAAAAAGAUGUAAACAAUUAUAUGUCCCUUCUCCUGGGGCUUUGUGAAGAUGUUGCUCCACAAACUACUGCUGAAGGACAAGUUUCAGGAGAAGCUAAGCUUCGUAAAGUUGAAGUUUUCAAAUGGACUCAUACAAUCUGUGGAAAUACUGCAACAGCUUUACCUGAUGCCUACUAUGAUUUCAUUUCCAUCUUAACAGAGUUGGCCAUGUGGUUUUUAAAGCGUGCUUCUUACAUUGCUUCAAAUGAAAGUCUUUCAGAAGAUGAUGCGAAGGAGGUGUUUAAAAGUCUGCGUCAAGCAGCUGGAAUCUUUAUGCAAGCAAAGAAUUUAUGUGAAAGUAAACUGGGCAGUGGUUUGGUAGAGAAGCACAGUGAUACUGAUCCACGCGUUUUAGAUGCAUAUCACUUACAAUCCUUAGCUGAAGCUCAAGAAGUGACUGUUGCAAGAGCAGUGGAGUUGAAACACAAGCCUACUGUUAUAACCGCAGUAGCACUUGGCACAAGUGAAUUGUUUCAAAAAGCAGACGAAUCCUUGAGAAGCGUAGAACAGACUAAAGUCGGGAAAUGGAGAAAAUAUCUUCAAAUAAAGAAAAAUAUAUAUUUGGCUUAUGCACAUAGUUUUAAAGGAGAAACCUUAUUAGCUGAGGAUCAAUGUGGAACUGCUAUUAAAUCGUUACAAGAGGCUGAGAAAUGCUACGUCAUGGCAGGCAUGUUAUGUAAGGAGUACAAAGCAGCAAAAGGAGCUGGUAGUUCUGCACGACCUGAUGAACAUCAGUUUUACUUAAGAUUGGGUCCAAUAGUACGGCAACGAUUAGAGAAAGCAACACACGAGAAUGGAUUCAUAUAUCACCAAAAAGUCCCUGCCGAAGUUCCUGAAUUGGAAUCGACAGAGGUCGGAAUUGCAUCACCUAUUGAGUUUUCAAUUCCUACCGUUAGUCCAAGAUGGAAACCCGAAAUUCUGGCUGCGUUUGACACGGGAAAAGCAAAAGCUCAAAUGACAGGAAACGGCGACGAAGAAAAACUGGAACCUGUUAAAGAAAUACCUGAUCCAAACGAGAAGGGAAACUCACGCGAGACAGGCUGUGUUAUAUCCUAACGGACAGGAUCUACCGUAACUGGAUUGUGUCGUACGUGGGUGUUGUACGUGGUUUUCUUCUUGUAAACAAACUUAUCUCUUCUACUACAAUUUUUUUUCUCUUUUACGAGAACGUGAAAAAAACAUGGAUUUCAGCAUAUUUAAUGAAAAGCAAAAAAAGCAAACUUUUUUGAGAACGAACUGCAAACUUUUUCUUGUAUUGUUAUAGUUUAUUUUUUAUUUUUUUACACGUACGAGUAAGGAUAAAGUGUUGUGACGCCACUACGCAUCUUAGGGGGACACAUUAUUGCAGGUUUAGUUAUCAUUAUUUAUUUUCCUGAAUGGUUAUUUUCAGAGUUCUUGGAUUUUAUAGCUGUCUUAUUCAUCGUAUUUUCAUCUAAAUGGAAUGGUUUAUAAAAUAGUUUUAGUGAGAAUCCUGGAAAGGUAUAGAAUGAAAUGAUUUAGAUGGAGUGUUUCUUAAUAAUGAAAGAUGUAUAUGAAAAAAAGAGAUAAUUUUGUCGUUUGGAUUUAUUUUUCGCGGACUGAUCUUCUGAUAACUUUUUGCGAUAAUUUUCUUUAGAAAAUUAGCUACAAAAUCGGAAAAAUUAGUCCUUCGGCUAUUAUUUGUCUCCUUAAGGUAGCAGUGAAGUUAAAAAUGUUGAGGUGUAAAAAGGGAACAAAUUGGAACAACCUAGUUUUCUUUAUACAAUAAGUGUAAAAGUCUAAAAAACAAAUUCCUGUUUCUCGUAAGUUUUUGAUACAAAUCAAGUAUCUACAUUUAAGCCAACGUACUAAUUGUUCCAAUAUGUCAAUACGGACAGAAAACGUUACUCCAAACAUCAUCAUUAGUCUCAUCUGUUUACCAAACUGUUUAAGUUUUUAAAAUAUUUUAUUUACGAACAUCUAUUGUAGUUUGUAUAUAUCUCAAUAUUUCAUUUGCAUUCA